GGAGCGCGGCGCUGCAGCCAUGGCGGGCGGCGCGCGGCUGCUCUGGGUGCCGCUAUUGGUGCUGCUGGCGCAGCUCGGGCCGCAGCCCGGGCUGGGCCGUCCCCGAGAGCGUCUCCGCGUGCGCUUCACCCCGGCGGUGUGCGGCCUGCGCUGCAUCCAUGGGCCCACCGGCUCCCACUGUACCCCGACCUGCGCGCCCCGCAACGCCACCAGCGUGGACAGCGGCGCCCCCGGCGGGGCGGCCCCCGGGGGACCGGGCUUCCGCGCCUUUUUGUGUCCACUGAUCUGUCACAACGGCGGCGUAUGCGUGAAGCCCGACCGCUGCCUCUGUCCCCCGGACUUCGCUGGCAAAUUCUGCCAGUUGCACUCUUCGGGCGCCCGACCCCCGGCCCCAGCCAUGCCAGGCCUCACCCGCUCCGUGUACACCAUGCCACUGGCCAACCAUCGCGACGAUGAACACGGCGUGGCGUCUAUGGUGAGCGUGCAUGUGGAACACCCACAAGAGGCCUCGGUGGUGGUGCACCAGGUGGAGCGUGUGUCUGGGCCGUGGGAAGAGACGGACGCCGAAGCGGUGGCUAGGGCUGAGGCGGUGGCGCGAGCGGAGGCGGCGGCGCCCUACACGGUGUUGGCACAGAGCGCGCCACGAGAGGACGGCUACUCCGACGCUUCAGGCUACGGUUACUGUUUUCGGGAGCUGCGCGGAAGCGAAUGUGCGUCACCGCUUCCCGGACUCCGGACUCAAGAGGUCUGCUGUCGAGAGACCGGCUUGGCCUGGGGGGUUCAUGACUGUCAGCCUUGCUCAGAGCACCUGGGGAACUCCAACCGAGUCGGUGUCCCAGAUGGGCCUUGUCCAGCCGGCUUCGAGAGGGUUAAUGGGUCCUGCGAAGACGUGGAUGAGUGCGCCACAGGUGGGCGCUGCCAGCACGGGGAGUGUGCCAACACACGCGGCGGGUACACGUGUGUGUGCCCCGACGGCUUUCUGCUCGACUCAUCCCGCAGCAGUUGCAUCUCCCAACACGUGAUCUCAGAGGCUAAGGGGCCCUGCUUCCGUGUGCUCCGCGAUGGCGGCUGCUCACUGCCCAUUCUGCGCAACAUCACCAAGCAGAUCUGCUGCUGUAGCCGUGUGGGUAAGGCCUGGGGUCGAGGCUGCCAGCUCUGCCCACCUUUUGGCUCAGAGGGUUUUCGAGAGAUCUGUCCAGCUGGCCCUGGUUACCACUACUCAGCCUCUGACCUCCGCUACAACACCAGACCCUUGGGCCAGGAGCCACCUAGAGUGUCCCUCAGCCAGCCACGUGCCCCACAAGUCACCCUUCGGCCUCCCAUAGGCUCUCUGCCCACACAUAGACCUGAGCCCCGGCCUGAGCCUCGGCCUGAGCCCCGGCCUAUCCCUGAGCUUCCCCUGCCCAGCAUUCCUGCCUGGACUGGUCCUGAGAUUCCUGAAUCAGGUCCCUCCUCAAUCGUGUGUCAGCGCAAUCCCCAGAUCUGUGGCCCAGGUCGCUGCAUACCACGGCCCAGUGGUUACACUUGCGCGUGUGACUCGGGUUUCCGGCUCAGCCCCCAGGGCACCCGCUGCAUCGACGUGGAUGAAUGUCGCCGCAUACCCCCGCCUUGUGCUCCCGGGCGCUGCGAGAACACGCCAGGCAGUUUUCGCUGCGUGUGCGGCCCGGGCUUCCGAGCCGGCCCGCGGGCUACCGAGUGCCUGGACGUGGAUGAGUGCCAGCGCGUGCCGCCGCCGUGUGACCGCGGGCGCUGCGAGAACACGCCAGGCAGCUUCCUCUGCGUGUGCCCCGCUGGGUACCAGGCAGCACCGCACGGAGCCAGCUGCCAGGAUGUGGACGAAUGCACGCAGAGCCCAGGCCUAUGUGGCCGCGGCGUGUGUGAGAACCUGUCCGGCUCUUUCCGCUGUGUUUGCCCGGCUGGCUUCCGGGGUUCGGCGUGUGAAGAGGAUGUGGAUGAGUGUGCCCAGGAGCCGCCACCCUGUGGGCCAGGCCGCUGUGACAACACGGCUGGCUCCUUUCACUGUGCCUGCCCAGCUGGCUUCCGCUCCAGAGGGCCUGGGGCCCCCUGCCAAGAUGUGGAUGAGUGUGCCCGUAGCCCCUCGCCUUGUGCCUAUGGCCGGUGUGAGAACACAGAGGGCAGCUUCCAGUGUGUCUGCCCCACAGGCUUCCAACCCAACGCUGCUGGCUCUGAGUGCGAGGAUGUGAAUGAAUGUGAGAACCACCUGGCAUGUCCUGGACAGGAGUGUGUGAACUCACCUGGCUCUUUCCAGUGCAGGGCCUGUCCUUCUGGCUACCAUCUGCACCGUGGCAGAUGCACUGACGUGGACGAAUGCAGUUCAGGCGCCCCCUGCGGUCUCCAUGGUCACUGCACUAACACCGAAGGCUCCUUCAGCUGCAGCUGCGCACCAGGGUACCGGGCGCCAUCCGGUCUGCCCGGGCCCUGUGCAGAUGUAAACGAGUGUCUGGAGGGCGACUUCUGCUUCCCCCACGGAGAGUGCCUCAACACCGAUGGUUCCUUUGCCUGUACUUGUGCCCCCGGCUACCGGCCCGGACCCCGCGGAGCGUCUUGUCUCGAUGUGGAUGAGUGCAGCGAGGAGGACCUUUGCCAGAGCGGCCUCUGUACCAACACCGACGGCUCCUUCGAGUGUGUCUGUCCUCCGGGACACCGGGCCGGCCCAGACCUCGCCUCCUGCCUUGAUAUUGAUGAAUGUCGUGAGCGGGGCCCCGCCCUGUGCGGGUCUCAGCGCUGUGAGAACUCCCCUGGCUCCUACCGCUGUGUCCGGGACUGCGAUCCGGGCUAUCACGCGGGACCCGAGGGCACCUGUGAUGAUGUGGAUGAAUGCCAAGAAUAUGGCCCUGCAAUUUGUGGAGCUCAGCGCUGUGAGAACACCCCUGGAUCGUACCGCUGCACACCAGCCUGUGACCCCGGCUAUCAGCCCAUGCCAGGGGGUGGAUGCCAGGAUGUGGAUGAGUGCCGGAACCGGUCCUUCUGUGGUGCCCAUGCUGUGUGCCAGAACCUGCCUGGAUCCUUCCAGUGCCUCUGUGACCAGGGCUAUGAGGGGGCGCGGGACGGGCGUCACUGCGUGGAUGUGAAUGAGUGUGAAACACUACAGGGUGUCUGUGGAGCUGCCCUGUGUGAAAAUGUUGAAGGUUCCUUCCUCUGUGUCUGUCCUACCAGCCCUGAGGAGUUUGACCCCAUGACUGGACGCUGUGUUCCCCCACGGACUUCUGCUGGUACAUUUCCAGGUUCACAGCCCCAAGCACCUGCCAGCCCUAACCUGCCACCGGCCAGGCCUCCCCCACCAUCCCCACCUCGAAGACCCAGCACACCCAGGCAGGGUCCUGUGGGCAGUGGGCGCCGGGAGUGCUACUUUGACACAGCAGCCCCAGAUGCAUGUGACAACAUUCUGGCACGGAACGUGACGUGGCAGGAGUGCUGCUGUACUGUGGGUGAGGGCUGGGGCAGCGGCUGCCGCAUCCAGCAGUGCCCAAGCACCGAGACAGCUGAAUACCAGUCAUUGUGCCCCCACGGCAGGGGCUACCUGGCACCCAGUGGAGACCUGAGUCUACGGAGAGAUGUGGACGAAUGCCAGCUCUUCCGAGACCAAGUAUGCAAGAGCGGAGUCUGCGUGAACACAGCCCCAGGCUACUCGUGUUACUGCAGCAACGGAUACUACUACCACGCUCAGAGGCUGGAGUGCGUUGAUAAUGACGAAUGCGCCGACGAGGAGCCAGCUUGUGAAGGAGGCCGCUGUGUCAACACGGUGGGCUCUUAUCACUGCACGUGCGAGCCCCCACUUGUGCUGGACGGCUCGCGGCGCCGCUGCGUCUCCAACGAGAGCCAGAGCCUGGAUGACAAUCUGGGAGUGUGCUGGCAGGAAGUGGGGCCUGACCUCGUUUGUAGUCGCCCACGGCUGGACCGGCAGGCCACCUACACAGAGUGCUGUUGUCUCUAUGGAGAAGCCUGGGGCAUGGACUGUGCCCUCUGCCCUGCCCAGGACUCAGAUGACUUUGAGGCCCUGUGCAAUGUGCUGCGUCCCCCUGCAUAUGGCCCCCCUCGGCCAGGUGGCUUUGGGCUGCCCUAUGAGUAUGGCCCAGACAUAGGCCCCCCUUACCAGGGCCUCCCCUACGGGCCUGAGUUGUACCCACCACCCGUGCUACCCUAUGACCCCUACCCACCACCCCCUGGACCCUUUGCCCGCCGGGAAGCCCCUUACGGGGCACCACCCUUCGACAUGCCGGACUUUGAGGAUGAUGGUGGCCCCUAUGGUGAAUCUGAGGCUCCUGUGCCACCCAGCCGGGGCAUGGGCUGGCCCUAUCGGUCCCGUGACACCCGCGGCUCCUUCCCAGAGCCUGAGGAGUCCUCUGAAGGUCGAGGCUACACAGACGCCCUGGCUGAGCCCUAUGAGGGGCUGGAGGCCGAGGAGUGUGGGAUCCUGGAUGGCUGUGCCCACGGCCGCUGCGUGCGCGUUCCUGAAGGCUUCACCUGCGACUGCUUCGAUGGCUACCGCCUGGACAUAACCCGCAUGGCCUGUGUCGACAUCAACGAGUGCGAUGAGGCAGAGGCAGCCUCCCCACUCUGUGUCAACGCGCGCUGUGUCAACACCGAUGGCUCCUUUCGCUGUAUUUGCCGCCCGGGAUUUGCACCCACACACCAGCCACACCACUGUGCGCCUGCGCGGCCCCGCGCCUGAAUCCUACCCACGCCUGCACUUGGGAAGGUGCCCGGCACACCUGCAGCCUGUUAGUGCACAUGCGCACUGGGAUUGAGCUAGUGGACACAGGAUUAAUAGACUCUAGGAGCAAGGUCUUCACUCUUCCCACCACCCCCAGCCCCUCUUGCCCGAGCCCUGGGCCUGGUCUCUUCCUAGGUUCCCUUCACAUUUCCUUUCUAUUUUAUAAAAUGUUCAAUUAAAAACACCUAUUUUGUA